AUUGAUUUAUUGAGAAACAAAAGACAAAACAGGACAAUAUUUAAUUGAGCUGUUAAGGGAUAGACAGAAUAGUAUCACAGAUAAUGAGAAGUGUCCCAAAUAUUAAAUAAUUACUUUCCUUUGGUUUUUACCAGGCAGCUUGAACAGAUAGCCAUGACAUUGGAUGAUGAGAUGAGCAAUAAGUGCAUUUAAAAUAAAGAAAAGGCAUGUAUUCAAUAAAUGAAACCAUCAUGAAGAAGAUAAAACUCCUCAUUUGGGAAGAUUGCAUUCAUACACUUUAAACCAUCUAAAGAACUAAUAUUAAAGGCAUCCUAUUAUUAUGAAUAUCUAGUUCAUGAUUCAUAUGUUUUAGAAUAUACCCUCAGUUUUAGAACAUAGCUUGUUCUAAGAACUUAAGUUCUAUCUAUAGAAAAUGAGUUAAUUGCAAUGUAAACAAGCUGGAAGAUUAUUACAUUUAAAAGAUCAUAAUAGAAGAGGUGGAGCUAUACAACAUCAGUUGGGGAAACAUAAACAAUGUACAACUGAAUUAAAAGAAGAAACAGAAAAUGCAAGUAGAAAGGGGAACAGGAAGGGGAAACUGAGAAGACAAAAAUUGGACCUAGUGUCUGGAAACCAUAACUUUUGAGAAGGGUGAAAUUGGUUGAGACUAUAUAAAGGAACACAGAGUCAUCAUGUAGUUGUUGCAGUUUGGGACUGGCGUAUACAGUUUGCAACUCACUGAGAAAUGAUAGCCAAAGUAAAUUACAAUUACAUUGACCUGGACUGUAAGCAGAACUUAAUGACGCACCAUGUUGAAUUUGGGUGAGGCUUUAUCUCAGUUUGAAUUCUGUGAGGGAACAGAAGCUGGAAGAUUGCCUAAUUUGAAACUCAUGGAAUAAUCUACAGUGUCUCACAAAGUGGCAAAGUAAAGCAAUCAGUUAAAUUAACUCUAAUCGGAAGUCUAUUAGAACAAGGGUAUGAGGUAUCUACAUCAAGAGAUAGCAAGUUAAAAUUUUACCCCUUAUAGUAAAUGAGAAUUGGUCACCAGAAGACUGUGACAUAGUUAAGGAUGAUUCUUGUAGAAAUAAAUAACUUUAAGAUUAUUUAUAAGAAAAUGCUUGGGGGAAACAAGGAUUAAACCUAAGACCUAAGCCUUGCAUAUGAGGGUAUAAAUUAUAGUGUUAACUCAAUCUCAUUUGCUUUGUUUAAUUUGUUCUGUAUACAAUAAAGGGUGUGUUUUGUUUAAAAAUAAUGUAACGUCUUGUGAUGUAGUUUUAUUGGUUAAAACAUGUUCAGAUUUCUCUUCAAAUGUUCAUAGUCCCUAAUUGGAUUUUAAUACUAUGUGUAUUUAAUAAUUUGUUAGAACAAAUGUUGGCGCCAUAAAACUGAGAGACAGCUGAUGUAAUUCCUAUAUUUAGGAUGGCUAACAGAACAUGCAAUGCAUUAUUGAUCACAAAGAUUAAUAUUGAUAGUGAGAAGAACAUUGGAAUCUCUACUAAAGGGCAGAAUAGAAGAAUAUUUAGAAACGAAAAAAGGCAAUCAACAUGUUUUUGUGCUGUAUAUCCUCUGCAAUCAUAUAAAACUCUCUUCAAAUUGUUCUAAUCAUGGUUUUUGCUUGAAAUAUUUUACUGACCACAAUGUAGAAAUUCUCAGAACAGUAUUAUAACAUAAAGUGAAUUUAAUUGAAGUUUGUUUAUAAUAUCAAAUUAAUGGGCCCUACUAGGCCCUACUAGAACAGCAUAGGUAAGCUGAACAGGUAGCAGAUAAAGUUCAAUGCAGAAUAAUAUGGGAAUCACCACCACCUGCAAGUUCUCCUAUCCACUCAUCAUCCUGCCUUGGAAAUUUAUUGCUGUUCUCUGAGUGUUACUGGGUCAAAGGCCUGGAACACCUUCCUGAAAAGCAUUGUGGGUGUGCCUAUACUAAAUGGACUGCAUCAGUUUAAGAAGGCAGCUCACCAUGACCUUCUGCCAACUAAGGAUGGGCAAUAAAUGCUGGCCCAACCAGUAACACCUAUAUCUUGUGAAUGAAUAAAAAUAAAGUUACAGCUUUGAAUAAAGAACAGUGAAAAUGGAAAUAUAUUAUAAAUGGAGUUGGGGAUCAAAAAUAUCUAUCGAGAUGUGCAAGAUUUGGAUUGGUGAGAUUGCAGGUCAGAAACAUGAAGACAAAAGAGGCUUUGGAUUUGGUAUAAUUUUAUAACUCAGGGAGCUUUGUAAAUAGUUGAAAAGAAAUGAUGAGAAAAAAAGAACUGGAUUAUAAUAAAUCUCCCAUUAAAGGACCAGCGUCAAUAUCGAUCUAAUGAAGAGUGGUCUUCUAUUCCAUAGUUUGGAUAAAAAUUAUUUAAUGCCUGGUCCAUUCUUUGUAAUUAACCCGGCUUUAUACGGUUAUACACAUUUACUCAGUUAUUUAAGCUUCCAAAUAUUGAAUAUUAUAUCACAAUUUAGCAAUAAUAUUAUUUGUACAGUUUUUAUCUCAUCGAUACUUGGUACACCAAAUUUGUCAAAUCUGAAGUUUCCGUACGGAUAUAAUUUGAUAUUACAUCUAAGGCAAUAUACCCAUGAACAUAUUCAGCAUUAUAUUCUACACUGCUAUUCUGGAGAUGGCUCAUAGCUUUAGUAUGAAUAGAAACAUCUCUCAAAGAAAUGGUCUGGGGAUGUUCUGAUGUUCCUCCGAGCUUUUACUAUCAGAAUAAAGCGCCGUUUACGGUAUGAUUAGCCAAGAAUCAUAAAUGAGCAGGGUCAUGUGGUUUCGCCUGUGUGCAUUUUCAUGGUUGCAAUCCCACCAACAAAGCAGGAUCUGAGAUUAACUGCGCUUUAAACGUUACCGGUUUCGAUGCUGAAAGCCUGAUAAAUAUCGGGGAGGGGAGUGAAAGGCUGAAACAUCUUUUGUACAAACAUCUCAAGCGCCUGGAAGCUGCGUAAAUCCCCCCCGGGGGGUGCGCGUACGUCGGGGGCAUUAGGGCGGGUUUUGGCAUCUAAAUCUUUGCAUCUGAAUCUCUUGAUGUGGUUAUGUUUUCAUUCUUCGUGGCGCGAUAUUUCUUUCGAAACGUAGCCAGCGCACUGGGCGAUUUGAGUGGGCGACUGCCGAAGAUGAUGCGACCUUUAAAAGGCAGCAGGAUCGCGGAAGGAGUUUCGGAAAGUGUGUUCACAUUUCUGAAGUUCCUCAUCAUCUGGAUACUGGUACUUCUGGCAGAUUUCAUCCUUGAGCUCCGAUUUGAAUACUUAUGGCCAGGUUGGCUAUUUAUCAAGAGGGUUUAUAAUUCUUCACGAUAUCAGGGCCUUGCUUUUUCCAUACUUUUUGUAUGUGCAGCAUUUACCUCAGAUGUAUUCUGUUUUAUCUUCAUACCAUUGCACUGGCUUUUCUUUGCAGCCAGUACAUAUGUAUGGAUACAGUACCUCUGGAACUCAGAUAGAGGUGGUUGCUUAUCUACUUUGUCUCUUUGGAUACUAUUUAUUUAUAUAGAAGCAACAAUCAGAUUUAAGGAUUUAAGAAAUUUCAAUGUAGAUCUUUGUCGCCCAUUUGCAGCACACUGCAUAGGGUAUCCAGUGGUGUCUUUCGGUUUUGAAUUUAAAAGUUACGUUUGCUACAAAAUUAAACUAAGGAAACAAAAAGAAGUUAAAAAACAGAAUGAAUUCUUCAUGCAAAUUCUACGGCAGGCCUUACCUUUAGAACCACAACUGCAAACAAGACUGGACCAGAGUUUGGAAGAAGCAUUUAAAGCGCUUCCACUAUCCUCUCAAUACCAGCAUCCAACGAGAGCCAUUACAAUAGGGAAGAAAUACACUUUAGCCUUACCAGAACUGGAAUUUAAAGAUAAAGGCAAAGAGAAAGAGAAGGAAGUCACAAAACAAGCUGUCACAGCCAAUCACUGUUUACAAGCAACUGAUUCUAGAAUGACUGAUACAGAGUGUACAGAAAAUUACUUCAACAAGAAUUCAGAGUAUGAGUCAUCUGGUAGCACAGAAAAUCUACCCCAUGAUGAUUUAUGUGCUGAAUCUUCAAAGAUUUGCAAGCACUUAUCACCAAAGGCACAUGGUGCGUCUAAUGGCAAUGUGAUCUUUGCUAAAAAUGAGAAGAAGCAAAAGUGUUCAAGCAAAAACACAAGCAUGCGGAAAGGGAUAUUUGAAAAUGGCUCUUUAAAUAAUCAGAACAGCAAACCAGAGACUGUACUACGAUUGGAAAAUGAUAUAAAGAAGCUAAAGACAGACCUACAAACCUCUAGGCAAUCUGAACAGGAGCUCCGUUGUCAGAUUAAUCUACUGACCAACAGCAAACAAAAAAUACGAUCAGAACUUGUUCAGCUUCGACAAGAAAAUGAACUUUUGCAGACCAGAAUGCAUUGUGCUUUGCAAGCAAAACAGAAAGACAAACAGAAUAUCAUCUACUUAGAGAAAAAGCUUAGAGCAGAACUGGAUGGUCGAGCUCUGCUGGAGAAGCAGCUGAUGGACACAAAGAAGAGGAAAACAGAUGAAACUACAGUUAUUGCACGGGCAGUCUCAUUCAAUGCAUCCAUGAGAGGAGAUUGCACAGAGUCUCUGAAGAACAGAAUAAAAGAAUUGGAUGCAGAAUAUAAACAGCUGCAAACAGAGCUCAAAAUGAAAGAUGAACACCUAAGAAAAGUAGAGCAGGAGGUGCAGGAGCUUUGUAAAUAUAAGGAAAAUGAACAGGACACUGAAAUGUUGAUGGCAGCACUUUCAGCCAUGCAAGAUAAGACACAACACUUAGAAAUCAAUCUUAGUGCAGAGACAAGAAUUAAACUGGACCUUUUCUCUGCUCUUGGGGAUGCCAGGCGACAGCUAGAGAUUGCACAAGGGCACAUAAUCCAACAAGACCAGGAAAUUGAAGAACUCAAACAGAAGGUUGCUGAAGUUAUGGCAGUUAUGCCUGGGAUUAAUUACAGUGUUACACAUACACUUAGUCCUGCAACCUCACACUAUUCCUCUAAAUUUGUGGAGACUGUAAAUUCUGUUCUUGAUCCUAAUACUUUAAUGUACCAGCCACUGAAGAAAUAAAUGCACUAUCCUCCUUAUCUACCCCUCAGUUACCACACAUUUCCUAAUUACCCAUGGCUAAUGCUGGUGGAGGUGAUGUUUUUGUAUUCAAAAAUAUGGAUUUUUACUUUUUAUAUACUAUUUUGGGGUUUUCAGGUAUGAUCAAAUAGCAUUGGGGUGCUUUGAAAAUGAUUAGAUGAUUUAGAAUACCUAUAUAAUUUGAAGCAUUUAGCCAUUAUUGCAUGCUUCAAUCUGCCCAACACAUUACAACUUCAAUCCAGUGUCCUCAGUAACACACCUUACUGUUUAACUGGUACCAUUAUAAAUGCAUGACUAAUUCCAGCAUGUUACGAAUUUCUUUUAGUGCUUGAAAUAAUGGUCAAAAUUAACACAGUUCGCAUCAACAAAAAAUUCAUAGAAGGCACAGAGGUGACAGUUUUACAAUAAUGAUGUGAGAAUGUUAAAGCUAACUGUACUGAGAACACUGUUCUAACAGAGCAGGUCUAUUAUAUGCACUGUUGUAGAUCUUUCUCUAAGAUUUACCAAAAUCAUUGCCUUCCACCUUUGAACCACAAACAAGACAAUAACGGGUAACACAUUCCUCUAAAGAAAUAUGGCUUGUAACUUGCAAGCAAAACCUUUUAGAUGUUUAUAACAGAUAUUGUCUAGGAGAAACAACUAGCUUGUUUAUCAUUCCAUCAUAUGAAGAUUUUAUCAUGUGCUAAAUAUUAUUAUCGUUAAGUAGUACACUGUCACCAAAGACCAUUUAACAUCUAUGUAAUUUUUGUUCAACAAAUGGUUACUCUACCCUAUUUCUUUUUUCCUUGAUUCAACAUUCUUGAGCAGUUGAUCUUUCAAAUAUUGUUCUCACCAGUUAUCAUUAGGACUGCAUUCCAUUGUUGCACAGACAUACUUUGAUGUUCAACUUCUUUUAUACAACCAAUUAUACUUCUAACAUGAUCCAGUUGGCACUAGGCUCAUCCCAAAACCAUGCGUUUUAUAUCAUUUUUGUCAUUUAUAGCUUAUGUUUUAAUUUCAUUGUGGGGACUAAAGUCUGGUGCUAAUAAGUGAGCAAGAAACUAUGAUGAACAGUUAAAUGUGUUGAGUUAAUGAUACUACUUGAUGCAACAGUAUGAUGUCAGUUCCACAUUUUUAUUUACAUCUGCCUGUGACCUGAACAAUUAAUUUGAUAAUUGUAAACAAAAUCAGAAUACUGCUGGAAAUCUGAAAUAAAAAGCAAAAAUGUCAAAAGCAUGUCAGAAAGCAUCUGUGGAGAGAAACAGAAUUAACGUUAAAGACUAUGAUGACCUUCAUUGGAAUAGUUUUUUAAAAAUGUAUCUUAAAGUCCAUGUACAAUCCUGGGGAGAGAUUGUAGUGUAAAGGAAGAUAUCCUCACUGUUACUGAUGUCUUUCAACUGGUCCUUAUCUGGAACAUUUUACAUCGAAUGAUCUUCACUUAAAGAUAGUAUUGGAAUAAGCAUUUUUCAUUUAGCCUCCCAGUAUAAGAUGUGAUAUGUUGUUCGAUUCCAGUGUUGUCAUCAUAGGCCCAAUAAGCUUUGGAUAGUGCUCGCCAUUUAUGAUGUAACUAUAGUGAAAUAACAUGAUUUCACUUAAUGUUAAAUGUGACAAAAAAUUACCACAGUUUAUAUGGAUUUUAAAAAAAGAACUGGAGUAGCGAAGAGCAGAAUAACAGGUGUGCUUCUAUAUUAUUAUGGAACAAUUUUAGAAGAUAUUGAUUUUCUAUAAGAAUGUUCAGAGAGGACAGUUGGGCUGCAUAAUUUUGCUUUGCUUUUCAUCAGUCUAGCACAAAGUGAGCAGCAGCCUUAACUUAUAAGCAAAACUAUAUCUUGGUAUAUCCCUUUAGUAGUGUCUCAGUAAAAGAACAGGUGCAUGCUUUGUUUUGAAUCUAUCCAGUUUGCAUUAAUGACUUGUUCUGAUUUCAUUUUCCAAUUGACCUAUUUCAGUUAUUUCAGUGUUAAAUGUAACAUUCUUCACCAUAGUUAAGAAUGUAUAACAUGGUGUGAGGAGGUAGGGACGUAAUAAACUGAGUUCCGUUUAACUUACGGAAUAGGGGUGAUUUUGAGUUGCAAGAUUAAUUAACUUUCUGAUGCUUGUGACAAUGUGAGAGGACACAGAGUCAUUAUGAUAUAAUGCAUAAUGAAGCACAUCUCUAAUUUUCUAAAUUCUUUCAUUUCUGCUGCAAGCUUUGAACUAACUUUGGUCUAAGAGAUUUGAAUUCAAUUUUUGUUUAUUUUCUCGGGUGGAUUAGUUUCAGACCCAUUCUACAAAUAGAUGAGAAAGCAUUUUUGAAGUUUCCCUAAUCCUUUCAGUCUGGUUGGUGGGGGUAUUUCUGUCUUCAGUUUGAAAGCCAAAAGCUGGAAAGCUAGUAACAAUGGACUGGAUUUUAUGGGGUGAUGCAUUCUUUGCCUCCUGAUGGAAAAUUCAGUCUUGAAUUCACUGAAUCAGACAUUAGUUGUCCAGAGUCAUUCAGGAUGUGACUUCUGCAGAAGUUGAAUCAUAGAGAGGUGCUGGCUAAUCUGUGAAACAAUUCUUCAGAGAUUGGCAUUCCAUCACCAAUCGCCCUUUAUUUAUGCAUGCAUGGCCUUUGACAAUAGCACAAUUUCUCACUGAGUCAGGCAUUCAGAGGAGUGAAUAUCUCUGACAUUCAUCCUUUUAUGUCAGCCAGAGCUCCCUGAUUGGACCAGAUAAACAGCCCAAUCAGAGAACUGAUUUUUCACUGCUGAGACUGCAGCACUGCCCAAGGGGAAAGUGUUAUUGAGCUUGGACAUCAGGUAAGUUUGGGAAUUUGGAUGGACCUGCUAGCAGACCCCAGUGAAAGGGUGGAGAGUGGCAGGCUGUGUUUGGAGAGUCAAGUAUCAGAGCUGGGGAGUGAGAGGGAUGAGCUUUGGAGCAGUGAGGUAAGUAGGAGGUUGCCUCCAAUGGAAACAGAGGACUCCCCAAGGUGGUGGCUGUCUUUCCUGCCUGACAGCAAUAUAAACUGUCUGAGCCAUCCCCAACUGGCACAGUAAGCUUGAGGCAGAGUUGGAAAUGGUCACCUCAGUAGGCCCAAAAGUGGGUGAACUGUUUGACUCCUUUGAGAUCUAUUGUCUGCGGGAGACAGGUCAGAAAUAGGUGGGAAGGUGAUGAAAUUUCCCACCUUGUGCGAUCCCGAUCUUCAAAUAUGCUGGUGGAGCCAUGACAUCCAAAGGAAUGGAUCAAAUCCAUUUUACUGUUUCUUCCAGUGUUAUUGUGAAAAUUUACAAACCUUGACAAUUUCAAUGUUUUUAAGAAGGGUUUUUUCAAAAGUUGCAUUGUGAGUCAGUUUCUGAAAAUAAUGUUGGUAAUCCAUGCCUUUUAGUCUGUCCAUACAAUUUCAUGUGCCAAAACAUCAAAAUAUUUAAAAAUAUUAAAAUAUUAAUGGAUGAAACUAUUUUUAACCACUGGACUGAAUUAGAACCUUCACUCAUACACAUUGAUUCUAAUUCCGCUCAACAUUAUUCUCCAUUUUAAAGGCAGGCCAUAGAUAGAAAUUUUCAAAAUAGUUUCAAAUAAAGAUUUGUUAAGAUUUGUAAUCUUGGCUUGUUCAAGGGCUACAUGCCCUUGUAUUAGUUUCUCUGUAUUUUUACACAGCCUUUGUUUAGUUUGAUCCAUAUUUUGUGUAACUCUGUCAGAAAUUAUUUGUUGUUUGCUCUAUUUUACUGAUGUUUCACUUUGCACCUGAAUCAUAGAAUCCCUACAGUGUGGAAGCAGACCAUUCAACCCAUUGAGUCCACACUGGCCCUCUGAAGAGUAUCUCAACCAGACCCACACCCCCUACCCUGUCCCUAUAAUCCCACAUGUCCCAUGGUUAACCUACCUUACCUCCAUAUCCCUGGACACUAUGGGCAAUUUAGUAUGGCCAAUCCAUCUAACCUGCAUAUCUUUGGACUAUGUGAGGA